AUGGCAGCCAGGGCCACUAUAACCCCGAUGCCAAUCAUCCACGAGGAGGGGGACUGGGAAGAUGCCUCCUCCUCUUCGGAUGAUGACUACAACGAAAAUGAAGAUGACAACCGCGACGAACACCUCAAUCCGCCCCGAGGCCUCCUCUUCUCCCACGAGAUGGCGCGCCCGCCUUCUCCUCCUACCCACUCGGCUCGCCUCCGCCUCGUAUACCACUCGCGAGGAUGGGACACACAGGUCUACGUAUUGAAGGACGGCAAGGCCCUCAAAGAGCGAUCCUCCUACCAAAAGCUGAGCCAGGGAUUCUUCGCCGCCGACGAGAUGGCUUCGAUUCUCCACCACUGGGCCAACGCGCUUCCCGAGCAGAUGGAAGAUAUCAUGGGAGACAAUCACCCCUACCUCUCGCGCUUCGCGCUUCCCGCCGCGCCGCGUCAGUACAAGCUCAUCAGAGGCUCAAACGGCUCCCACCACCUCCCCGACCAGCUCAUCGAGCCGUUCCCCGAAAUGCAGGGCAGACUCGUCAUGGAGCGCAUGCGACCCAUCAAGCCCACCGUCAUCCGCAUCAUCAUUGACCACACCAUCGACCCCGACUUCCAGAAGCAGGCCCUCAGUAUGCCCGAGAAUUACAACCUCCACCCAAAAGUCUGGCUCGGCUUCGAGCAGCCGCCCGAGGUCAGAGACAUGCUCAAAGACCACCCCAACCUCGCGACGCGGCCCGCCUACCUCGACCAGCUCCUCAAGUUCAUCGGUCGCGCCGGCGUUCUCGAGCUCGCGCGCAAGAUGGGCAGCGCCCUCGCCAUCAUCCACCACGACCUAAACAAGGACGCCCGCAACGUCAAGUUCCGGCUCGCGUACGAUCCCAUGCAGGACAAGGCGCAGCUCUGGAUGUGCGGGCUGGGCAACAUGGACGACUUGAGAGCCAAUGAGGCGGGAGACGGCUUUCUGGGAGAUCCGGCUGGUUAUGUCUAG